AUGGUAGCUGGCAUGCUCACUCGAGCUUCGGGCUCUUUAAGUCCCCGAAGCCGAUCCUCGCACACACGCGGCCAGCCACCGCUCAGUCAGUCUUCCCCGGAAGACGCUGAGUCCGUUUCCGCCGGCAGAUCUUCGCGGCGCCUGCGCCGGAGGCGGCCGGAGACCGGAAGUCCGGGGGCGUGGCGAACCGCCCCGACAGCCGGCUCUCGCGCUGAGGCUGGGGGCGCGCGCAAGUGCGCGCUCGUCCCCGCGGCCGGCUGCCGGCGGCAGCAGUGGCAACGGCAGCAGGACCGGCCGCCCUGUAGACCCCCCCGCGCUGCGCGCCUCCGCGGCCGCCUCCUCGCCGAGUCGCUGCUCCGGCCCGACUUCUCCUUUCUCCCCACCUUCCCCGGCACCGCGGGAAAAGCAGUGCAGGGCGCAGCAGGCAAGGGAACGCAGCCGGAGCCGGGGCACGGAAGCCUCCCCGUCAGUUCAAGACCCGACAUGAGGGAAAAGGGCCGGAGGAAGAAGGGCAGGACCUGGGCGGAGGCCGCCAAGACGGUCUUAGAAAAAUAUCCCAAUACACCCAUGAGUCAUAAAGAAAUUCUACAAGUUAUCCAGAGGGAAGGACUAAAAGAAAUCAGGCGAGUUAUUCAAAUAUUACUAGUAAUAAUUGUGUUUGGUUAG